CCGACGACACGAGCCCAUAAAAUACCGCUACUGGCAUCAGCACCUUUUCAGUGUUCCUUCAGUGCUUUCCAAUUUUAGAAUGAGUCGUCUACAACAGAUGGUGUUGGUGUUGAGCGCCCUGCUCGUGGCUGCUUCCGCGAUCGCUGGCCCCGAUAGACGUAUUGUUGGUGGUAUUGAUGCCGUAGCCGGAGAUGCACCAUGGAUGAUUUCGCUGAGGAACUCGAUCAAUCAGCACCUGUGCGGUGGUACGUUACUGAGCAAUCGGUUCGUCCUGUCUUCGGCCAACUGUCUGUCGGGACGCUUGGCGACGGCAACCAUGGCUGUGGGUGGAACUCGUUUCCUCAACACGGCCGCCGUACCGUACUAUGGCAUCCAGAUUAUUACCCAUCCAAACUUCAACGUGAACACGCUGGAGCACGAUGUCGCGCUGUUCCAGACUGCGCUUCCGUUCAUCUUGACUCAAGCGAUUCAACCACUGCCGCUGUCGGCCGAUGUGAUUGGAGUUGCCGUGCGGGCUCGUGUCUUCGGAUGGGGAGCUUCUCAGGCAAACGGAGGCAACACCAAUGCUCUGCAGUUCUUGAACGUUAACACGCUAAGCAAUGAGGACUGUGCUAACUUCUUGGGAGCGGAAGGUUGGCGCAUUGGACCAUCGUCGUUGUGUACGCUGACUCGCGAAGGACAGGGCAUCUGCGGGGGCGAUGAGGGAGGUGCGCUCGUGUUGAACAACUAUGCCAUCGGUGUUGCGUCGUGGGGUAUUCCGUGUGCCACUGGCCGUCCGGAUGUGUUUGUGCGUAUCUCGGCGGUCCGUAGCUGGAUUCUGAACUUCAUCUAACUGUUGAUAGGGUGAGAGAUGGGUAUCGAUAGCAGUUGUUUUGCAAAUAAAGUGGUUAAUAAUGCAAGCA